AUGCUCUAUCUAUCUAUCUAUCUAUCUAUCUAUCUAUCUAUCUAUCUAUCUAUCAGUCUAUUCAUAUCUAUCUGUCUCGGUCUAUUCAUAUCUAUCUAUCUGUAUCGGUCUAUUCAUAUCUAUCUGUCUAUAGGUCUAUUGUCAUCUAGUCUAUUCAUAUCUAUCUAUCUGUCUCGGUCUAUUCUUAUCUAUCUAUCUAUCUCGGUCAUGUCUUCAUUCAUAUCUAUUCAUAUCUAUCUGGGUCUAUUCAUAUCUAUCUCCGGUCUAUUCUAUCUAUCUGGUCUAUUCAUAUCUAUCUGGUCUAUUAUAUCUAUCUCGGUCUAUUCAUAUCUAUCUCGGUCUAUAUCUAUCUCGGUUAUUCAUAUGCUAUCUCGGUCUAUUCAUAUCUAUCUUCUAUUCAUAUCUAUCUCGGUCUAUUCAUAUCUAUCUCGGUCUAUUCAUAUCUAUCUCGGUCUAUUCAUAUCUAUCUCGGUCUAUUCAUAUCUAUCUCGGUCUAUUCAUAUCUAUCUCGGUCUAUUCAUAUCUAUCUCGGUCUAUUCAUAUCUAUCUCGGUCUAUUCAUAUCUAUCUCGGUCUAUUCAUAUCUAUCUCGGUCUAUUCAUAUCUAUCUAUCUAUCUGUUAAAAUUAUUUUCUGUUUUGUUCAUUUUUGUCUUUAAUUUUUGUUUUACUUUUUCCCCUUUUUUAUUCUUUUUCGUUUUUCUUUUUUGUUCUUUUUUUGUUAUUUUUCAUUCUUUUUCUUGUUUCGUUUGUUUUCUUUUUCAUUUUUUCUCUUUUUCUUUUCUCUUUUAUCCUUCUCCCUCUUUUUCCCUUCCUUUAUUUUUUCCUUUUUUCUUUUCUUUUAUCCUUCUCCCUUUUUUCCUCUUCCUUUAUUUUUCUUUCUUUCUUUUUCUUUUCUCUUUUAUCCUUCUCCCUCUUUUUUCCUUCUUUCUCUUUUAUCCUUCCUCUUUUUUCAUUCUUUUCUUUCUCUUUUUUUUCUACUUGUAA